AAACACGACCUUGAAAGUAUUCAAAUAGUGUCCACAUGUUGUCUUACUCACUGUUGUCACGUUAAAUAAGUGUGUUGUCGCUAGCAUUGACGGUCAUUUUUACGUCCACUAUGUUGAAUAAUUAUCAUGAUAUGGUUUUAAUUAGAGACUGAAAUUUAAGCUGCGACAUUAAAUGUGUAUUCAUGAUUUACAUUCUCUGAAAUCUUUCGAUUUCUUAGAUGGAGGGAUUUAAUUAACUGCUGGUUUAAGUUUCUGCUAUGGAUCAGCUGGCUUCAUAUUCUGUGGUUAUAACCCAAUCAACUGAUAAAGGGAGAAUAAAGAGGGACAAUAAUGAAAUAAAAGGAACUUUCCGUUACGAAACAAAGAAAAAGUGAAUGGGAAACGCUCCCAGAAACCUCCUUUUACUCUUUUCGUGGAGAAGUAAUGUGAAACUUACUCUUUUUGUCGCUCUCUGUCCGAAACGUCGUUGAAUCGUCUAAUCUUCGUCGAAAUGCUCACCAAAUAGCCUACUUUUCGUCUAAGCACUCACCAACCUUUUUUUGCUUUGACCUUGGUUACACGCUUUAUUUUCUACCUCCAACCUAACUCCGAAUGUCUCCUAUGUUCGCCUUUAUUUCCAUAACAAACCAGAUGAGGACUACAAUUGACCUUAUUAAAAUAUUGUACAUGGUUAAAGAUAUUAGCAAUAAAUAACACUACAUUUCACUCCGGGAAAUAAUAACACAGAUGCUCAAGCACUGUUUGUUGCUUAUUCUCAUCGUAAGUACAAAGUCCUAGUGUCAUUUACAACGAUCUGUGAAAGUAAUUAGAGGUAAUAAAUUAUUGUGUAAGAAUGUGUCCUAAUUGAUAAGUGUAUGUAAAAUCAAACAAACUUUCACAACGUACACUUCAUUAGUUCAAGAGUUCCACGUGCAAGUUAGGAAUCCGGUACAUGGUACCUAAAAGCUUUAUUGAACAUAAAAAGGAUUUCAAUAAUAACUUUUCUUAAACUUCAGUGUUACCAUUUUGAACCAAAAUAAUCUUCCUGUCAAUUUUGUAGUUGAAUAAACACAAAUUUACAACGAUGUCUAACUGUCAUAGUUUAUUAAACAACUAUCAACCUAAAGUAUGACUUACGGUUACGUUCACUAAUAAGGAACACUGCAUUUUAGAACAACAUUAAAGUUAUAACUUCAAAUUGGUACAUACAUGUCCUGGUUUUCUUCCGUGACGCUUUUGUAUUUCGUCUCUUAUGUUGCGAAAGUACCCUUAAGUCGCCUUGUCAUACAGUUUAGCUAGUUGUUUUUCUUUGACAGAUGACGAUAAGAACAGCGAUUUUAGUGCAUCUAAUGAUUAGAAGGUAAAAAAUAUUCUGACUUUGUACGCUGCUAUAAAACUUACACUUCUGAAGUACUCUUCGAUGUAGUGCCUAGUAUUGUGGAACGGCUGGCAUAUUCGAGUGUCAUGACGAAUAAUAAAAUAUAACACGUAGACGUUUUCGAAUUACUGUCCAUUAGCCGCGUCACCAUGGCCGUUUGGAAUGUAAAUGAAUAAUCCAAUGAAUUUAGUAGACUUACAGAUUUGUCCUUCAUAUCUUCUUACUAAACAAACGCAUUCAACGUUCACAGUUCCUCUUUAGAUGAAAAGGAGAACUGCAGACUUGAUAGUACAGUAUUAAGUUUCCGUAGUUCUUCACGACUAUCAAACUUAGACAUUGGUUGCACAAUGUUCGCACUCAAGUCUGAUAUAGCUGGUGAUAUAUUCUGCAGUAAAACAUGCGGUUUGCCAAAUCCUAAGCGUUUACUUCAAUCGAGCACGUGACUUUCCCGGCCGAAAACGCCCUGCCCACGCAUUUCAACCUUGACGUUGUGGAGGGGGGUCUCAUCCAGCUGCGUCGAACUAGUUUAUCAACACUUAAAUAUAACGCCUACUUCGAAAUUGUUCAGAAAGCCAAAUUAAAAACAAUGAUAGAAACAAAUUCGGAAACCACAAUCUCUUCGAAGGAUAUAGAUUUGCGUAUAAAUUUGACCAACCCUGCUGAUAAUGAAAAGGGAUCACUUCACGCUUACCAGAAGAGAUAUCUGUCAUCCAACAAAGAUGUCGACUACCGAACUUACUUGCCACGAGUUCAAAUGGAUUCUAUACGGAAAGAAUACUGUCUUACUGGAAAUCCAUCAUUUAUUAAAACUUCGUGUGUUACCGCAUAUGAAUGUAAUCAGCCUUUCGUAGACAGGAAAUGGUAUUCUUCACAACAUAGUGAGCAGUCCUUAAAUCUGAAAAAUAAUGGUUCUGCGCGAUCUAGUCCUAACAAUUCGCUACCUGAAAGGAAGUGGCAAGAUGAACAGUCCGAUUCGUUCAAUCUACCAACAAUUAAUGUCCCUCGUUUAAAUUCUACUGCUCUUCUGCCUACCCCUUUCACAAUGCCAUUCAAGGCGUCUGAUAAUCCAUCUCAUUGUUAUCGUCAACAGAAUUCGACUUGAUGUUUGCAACAAUAGUGUAUGACAAAGACAGUAUGGAAAAGCCCAUAAAUAUAUUAUGCCUAAUAAUUCUAGAAUAAAUAACAAAUUUUUACUUUAACUCAGAGUACUCAGUUACAGCAAUCUUCCUAAUUUCAGUUGAGUACAGUUCGUUGCAAUACUCUUAUAUGUACAUAUCAUUUUUGUGGAAAUAAAGUACAGGUGAUGUUUUCUAUUACUCUUUCCUCUAAAAAAUGCCCUCUGCCAAGUAUUUGUUGUUAUCAGCCAAAUUAGAAAUAGCUACAAAUAUUAUGCAUUAAUCUGAAUUCUAAUUUGGUUUACGUUCUGUUUUCUUGAAUAUUUUUUGUGUAUACUUUUGAAGUAAGAAUUAUUAUAUAUUGGCAAUUUGUCUUUUUUAUGCGUUCGUUAGAAUAUAUCUUUGUUUUUUUGUC